AUGCCGGCGCCCUACUUGGAAGAACCCCUAUAUGCCUUUUGGAAGAACGCCGGCGCUGGUGAGGACACUGCAGAGACUCCCGGUAUGCGCGUGGAUGUCGAGAAGUACCGCAUGAAGUACCGCUCCUACCGGCUCGGCUAUGCUCAAGCGAUGAACGGGCUCGCGGAUGUCCUCAACGAUGCAGAGAAGGACAGCACCCUCGAGUCCAAGCAGAAGAUCAUCAAAACCAGUCAAGACAAGAAAGCCAUCGACACUUCGCUGCCGAUCGAUGAGCCGCUCUUCCACCACCUCAGCGAUGCUAAGCGUGCCGAGAUCAACAAGUACCGCGAAGACUACCGCAAGUAUCGCCUCGGCUAUGCUUCUGGAGCCAGAGGCGAAGUUGCUGACCUCUUCAAGAGGCAGAUUUCGGAGAAGGAGAGUGGUUACCAAGAGGUGCAGAAGAUUUGCAAGGAGAAGAUGUCUCAAGCCUCUGGCUCGCAGCUCAUGUGUGACGAUGCCGACUCAGAAACGUGGCAGGAUUUAGAUCUUCUGCGUACAGUCAGCGAGCCAGCUGUGCCAAGCUGGCGACCACGGUCUUUGAAAGGCCUGAGCUCCACGUUUUCGGGUAUCUUCUCCGAUGCUUGUGACGAGUCCAACAUGGACGCCAAAUCCAUGUUCUUCACGCUGCCGAAGUCCGUGUUGCCAGACCCGUCUGCCUCCUACAUCCAGGUGCCCCAACUGCCGGAUGGCUCCCUGCAGUUGGAUGCCAGCCUCCUGCUGGCCAAGACGCCGCUGCCCAAGGCCGCAGCUGAGUUCUCCUCCAUCCACAUCGUCCAGACGUCAGGCGUCGCCGCCAGAAUUGCUGCAGCCCAAGUCAAGAACUCCGCUGCCAAGAUCGGGAAGCCGUGUGUCGUGCAUGACUGGCCGACGAUCCCAACUCAUGAUGCCAAAGCUGAGUACGACGCGCUCUACGAUGUGGGCAGCGACCUUAUUCUGCAGGGCGCCAACCGGGCGACGCUGCUGGUCUUCAUCGGCGCCGGCGAGCCCGGGGAGAUGGCGUUGGCGGUCAUCUUGGCGAUGCUGCCCUUCCGUGGCGUCCAGCUCGCAUACGUCACGCCUGCGCAGGACUACGAGAACCCCCUGCAGACUCUUAAGUCUCCGUCUGGCGUCUUUGAGUACACUGCAACACAGCCGGAGCGCAUGGGGAGAGUGUCUCUUGCCGCGAUCUUUGGUCCGCUGGCUCCUCGCACCUUCAAGGAGCCUCUGACGACGUGGUCGCCGCUCCGCCCAGAGUCGCACCCGCAAGAGCAGCCGGCACCCUUCAAGAUUGGUGGCCUGGACCUGCCCAUGGUCACCUUCGAAGGGGACUACGCCCAGGGCGUCGAGCGGCUCGCCAGCCUCAUGGUGGGACACUACGGCAGCGACAUCUAUCCCGUGGUCUCCGUCGGUGAGACAGGCGAUGCUCUCGGCUACGGCGACGACCUGCUCGGCGCUCUUGCCGAGCUGGACUGCCCUGGAUUCUACUUCCCGCACGCCUCGGGCGAGACGUGCAAGAGUCCAGAGGCCUACGGCAAGGUAGAGCUUCUGAAGGCCAUCGGCGCAGCAAAGCAGAGCAACAAGAAGGUCGUGGUCAUUGCGGUGGGAGGUGGUGUAAACGGCAACGCAACUGGAAUGAUUGCCGCCAUGACCGGAUCGGUCUUCGUCGAGGUCCCGACCACCUUGAUGCACUACAACGAUGCUACGACCUCCGCAAAGAAGGCCUUCAGCCUGGUAGUGAAUGGGCAGAUCCUGUCCAAGAAUAUCCUGGGCACUUUCUACCUCCCUCAGCUGGUCUUCUGCAUCAGCGAGACCUUCCUCACUCUGUCCAAGUGCAGUGUGCACGCCGCGGUGGGUGAGGCCUGCAAGACGAUGGGCAUGCUGGGCAUCGCGAACUCCAAGACUGGCCAGGAAGACUGGCACAACAUCCUGGGCGGUGUGGAGUUCGCCAGUGACUUCACCAAGAUUAUUGAGACAGUUGGAGGCUUCGAGAAGCUCAUUCAGUUCCUCGAGAAUACCCGCGAGCUGAAGGCAAAGGCGUUGGCCUUGGGAGAGGAGCUCAGUGGCAUGCGCAUGGAGCGAGCUUCCUUUGGACAGAUGGCCAACGUCGCAAAGCACAGGGAGAAACGCCUGUCAGAGCUUCGCCGCUUCUUCCAUGGCCAACUCACUGCGGAGGAUCGAGCAGAGGUCAUCAAGUUCCUUACCGUCAUCAACACCGAGAUCAUCGCUGCGAAGGCAAUGUUCCUGGCAUAUUCGGAUCCUUUUGAGAAGUACCGGGCAUUGCUGUUUGAGUAUGCCCAUACCUUGGGCCAUGGUGUGGAGGCCUUCAUGAACGGUCUCUACCGCCGAGCAACAGCUUGCGGCCUUGACUACUCUGAGGCGUUCCGCCUCCACGGCCAAUGUGUCGGCAUGGCCGUACUGUGGGCUGGUGAGAUGUCCAAGCAGCAGGGCCUCCUGGACGGCGACGGUUUCCUUGCACACCAGGGCCUGUUGUACACCUUCAACCGUUUUGGGGGUUACGACUUCGCUCCCCUGCGUCGCCUCUGCGAUCAGCUCGAGGUGUCAAAGGACGAGUUCUGCGAAGGAGUCUUGCAGGUUGUUAGGCGGGACAACAAGCGUGGCUACUGCAAGUGCAGCGCUGACAGCAGCGUGGACCAGCUGGUGCGAGAAAGACCCGGCUGUCUGCUUCGUAGCUCGGAUCCGGACGCCGAGCUCAGAUACCUCGUGGAGGCUAUCUUGAUUUCUGACAGUUGUCCCGGGCUUUGCUUUCGGAGCCUACUGUAG